AUGGCUUCGGAAUCGCCCCAGAUCCAAACGACCCCGCCGCAGUCCGGAGCUGGCGACCAGGAGGCCUUUUCGGCCUCCGAUACGGCCAAGAGGAAGGCGGAACAAAGCAACGGAACGCACACGCGCGCAAAGCGGAAUCGCUACAUCUCUAUCGCAUGCACGUUCAUGUCAGAAUCCCCGACGCUAAUCUUCACACCAGGCCGAUAUGCGCCAAACUGCUGCAACAACAACUUCAAAGAAUCCGAGGAGUUCCGGUCGAUGUCCUCGCAGUUAACCACUCUCCAGGAACAAGUGAACAGUCUCUUCACAACUCUCAAUGAGCUUAGGGCGCAGAAGCCUGCUUUCGAGUCUCCACCAUUCGACCACCUCUCACGCGAUGGCUCACAAUCUGUCUUCACUCCCAUGCCCGGUAGCAUGCCGAAGACACGGUCUCGGCAUCCGCGCUUCCAUGGACCUACGAGCUCGGCUUUCAACUUUGAUGUCGCCAAGACCAGUCUCCAGAGCAUGGGUAUCAACCCGGCCGAGGAUGGCAUUGCCGAUGACCUGACGACGGCGCAUGUUACCCCGAUCGGCUCUCCACCUCCCCACAUCGGUCCUGUUGUCCCAACGAUACACCCCACGAAGGAUCCGAUUUGGAGCAUUUGCCGUGAAGAAGCCGUGCGGCUAUGUAAAGUCUACGAGGAAGAGAUCGGGAUCAUGUAUCCGGUGGUGGAUAUUGCUACGGUUACCGCGCAAGCUAAUUUACUAUACACGUUCAUGGAAGCUGCCACACGGACUGGAUUUGCGCAACGCGGUCUCCCCGGUGCUGACGGUCUUCAUGAUGAUAGCACGAUUAUUCUGAAGCUAAUUCUUGCCACCACGCUGGUCGUGGAGGCGGGAGGCCAGAGUGAUCUUGGCCAACGUUUGUAUUUGUCUGUCAAGCCGGUUAUUGAAUCGAAGCUGUGGGAGCCUCAUGAUAUCAAGAACAUUCAAUUGUUCGCCAUUGUGGCAACUUAUCACUUCCAUACUGAUGAUGACGCCAUGGCCUACCGAUUGAUCGGUCUCGCUGCCCGGAUGUGCUUGGAAAUGGGUCUUCAUCGCCGGGAUGCCCUGAUGAAAUCUUUCCCGAAUGAGGACCAGUGGAAUGAGAUUACGCGACUAUUCUGGACCGUCUAUAGCUUGGACCGACGAUGGAGCUUAGGCACAGGAUUGCCGUUUGUCAUCCAAGACGAGGACGUUGACCCGAACUUACCAGAGCCGGACUCAUCCCUGCCUUAUCUCCGGUGCAUGAUUUCAUAUAAUCGCAUCAGCUCGAAGAUUUGGUACUCAGGUCUUGGCUCUGAAGGCACGACAGACAUUCGACGUGAUGAAAUCGGAUAUCUGGACUACCAGGUUCUUCAAUGGUACAAACAAGUCCCAGACGAGCUCAAAUUCUAUCCCGUGGAAUCCCCCAAGACUGGCGAGACCGCAAGCCGUGGCAUGAGACGUCUACGAGUCCUGCUAUACCUGCGUAUGAAUCAACUGCGAAUUCUCAUUUACCGCCCGGUACUUCAUUCCGCGGCAAGCAUCAUGGAGGACCGCGGCCAUGCGCAGACAGUGGUGGACGUCGCCAAAGACACCGUUCGAGUCCUGACCCGGCUGAACCAAAUGUCCGAUAUCUACCGCACGCAGCAGAUAACCUUCAACUAUUUCCUGGUCGCAGCAUUGGCAGUGCUAUUCCUCGCCGUGUGCCAUGCACCCAAUGACUUCAACCGGCAAGUGCGCGACGAGUUUUAUAUGGCGUUAGAUUUGAUCAACGGGUUUAGCACCAAGUCCUACGUGUCCAAGAGACUUUGGAAGACCAUCAAGGGUCUCCGAAAGAUUGGCGAAAAAUUGGGUGUCCUGGCUCGCCCAUUUGGCUCCGACGGGAACGACCCCCACUCCACCGCGGCCGUAGCUAUGGCUGGCCUCGCGGGGCAUUCCAUCGAAGACUUGUCCAUGUAUGGGCAGAUGAAUGGAGCGAACGAGUUGGGCAACAGUCCUUUGAAUGGUCUCCAGAUGAGCCACGAACUGACGAAUCUGUUUGAAGCUGUUGGGGCUUUUGGUAACUUUAUGCCUGGUACCAGUGGCGCUGAGAGCAUGACUGGGUUUGUUGGUGCGGAUGGGGAAAUUCAGAAUACUGGGGAGGGAUUGUCGGGGAUUCUGGGAGGCGAGGAGGAAUUCUCUCGGGUGAUUCGUGAUUUAUUCUGA